UCUCCUCAUUUACAAUCUUUGUCCGGAACAGCGCGGUUGUACGGAGCACGAGCUACGGUACAGCACUUUUCUCGACAACCGAAGUUUGAACAUGGCAAUGGCAGGAAGUCGAAUUGAACAUAAGGAUAAACCAGCAAAAAGCCUAUUAAUAUCUCCUUUAAAAAUCAGACAACUCCUCAGUGAGGGUUUUGCCCCGGAAGACAAUGAGGAUAACGUGUCAAAUCGCUCUUCUCAAAUUUCAAACUCGCUGGGUCCAGAAUUUAUCAGUGAAGCACAUUGUGAGGCUACAAACAAAGAUGCUUUCUUUGCCAGAGUGGAAUCAUACUCUUGUUUGAAAUGGACUGGAAAGCCCUUCGUUCUCUCUCCUUUGAGAUGUGCUCAGUAUGGCUGGAUAAAUGUAGACUGUGACAUGCUGAAGUGUUCCAGUUGUCAGACAUUUCUUUGUGCAUCCCUUCAACCAACACUAGACUUCCAGAAAUAUGAAGAACGUAUUUUGGAGUUGACGAGGCAACUUCAGACACAGCAUAAAAAAUUUUGUUCAUGGCCGGAUUUUCCAUGCCCUGAAAGAUUCUGGAUGGUUCCAGUCAGUGAACCUGAAGAACUGUUUAAUGAUUUCUUGGAGCGUUUCAGGAGUGCUUGUUUGCUUCAACAACAGCUUCCUACCAUGAAGUCAGAGCAACUCAAAGCUAUGACACUGACUGAGGAUGUAAUCAGCAGUCUUUUGCAAUUGGUUGAGGUUGAGCAGAAGAUACGGGAUGAAUCUUCAUCAGAUCCACUCUGCAUACAAAUGGCUGCUUGUACGGUGGCCCUAUGUGGCUGGGGAGCAAGCCCCAGUCUAUGUGCAAUGAAUCUCCCCAUUCUCACCUGCACAUACUGCAUGAGGAAAGUAGGGCUGUGGAACUUCUACCAGUUGGAUGGUGUCGGUGACGGGGAUAACUUCUCAUUCUACCAAUCCACAACUCCAGUGCAGGAGGGCCGAAGUGGGGAUAGAUUAACUCCUACCUCCCCCUCUCAGUCACCAACCCCAUGUCGAAUGAAGCUGCGUAGCCAGGACACUACGCGCACAGAGCAGUCUGAGAGUUCCUCGUCCCCCCUGGUGGUUCGAACUCGGAGCAGGGACUCUCCUAGCCCCAGUGAGGAGAUGAGGGGCAAAAGGCCUGUGACCCGUAGCCGAGGACAUGGAGACGGCCUGAUGGCAGAAAUGCCCUCCAGUCCCCAGAGAAAGACAAAACGUCCACGACUCUCCUCUGCUAGUAGUCCUGAAGGGCUCUUGCACAGGAAUUUGUUUGACCCAGUUGCUCAGCAUAGAAACUGGUGUCCAUGGGUGAAUGUAGUUGGUGAUAAUUGGAGCCUGGAUACGACACUGUCUGUAGAAUGUGAAACGGAGCUUCCUCAGUCUGGUUGGAGAAUGGCACUCCAACUCCUCCUAACGAUGAAAAGGAGCAUUAGCCCAGUAGCGUCCAAUACAGCUCAGGGUCCUGAGGACAAGUCAAAAAGGGUAUCCUCAAUAUUUCAACACCUUUCCACUAGAUCUUCUGAGGAGGAGAAAAAGGAUUCCAAAAUAUGUUGCUGACUGCAAUCAAAUGUUCUGUUCUUAUUAAAAAUGGUAGUAGUAUUGUUUCAUCUGUGUGUUUAGUAUGCUAUUAGAGCUCUGUGUAAUACCAAUUUUGACUAAUUUCAAAGAAAUUGACAUCGCACCUUCUUUGAAAAGGUAUUUCUGACGUUUUAUGCUCACAAUACAGGACAUGUCAACCUACUAGUCUGGCAAUGUGUAGUGUACUUGAAAGUUGAUUGUAUGUGGUGCUCCCCCAAUAAAAUAAUAAAAUGUCUUUUGUAAUAUA